GGUUUUUGUGUUCAACCAACUUGACAGCAUGUUUGAAGCAAAAAAAAAAAAAAAAAAAAAAAAAAGAGUCUAACUCAAAGGUGCUUUUUUUCAUCAGGCUUUUGCAAAAAAAUUGGUACUGUGCUCAGCUGCCGAGGUGGACGGACGUAGCAGAAGGCUAUGGCUUCUUCCCUGUCGUCUGCUGCUGCUGCUGCUGGUGUUGCGCUGGAGCCCAGAGGUAGAGGUUUGAGCAUAAAAGUCCUGGAUGAUAUCUCGGGGGCGUUGCCUUCAAUCGUGGCUGCGCAAUGGCGUCGAACCGCAGCGGCAGUGGGUAGAUCAGUCAUGGCAUGCCACGGUCAGGCCAGUACUAGGCAAACAGGGAAUGUCUUGCCUGAGGGUAGUAGCCAAACGGGACGUGCGGGCCAUGCAACAACUGACAUGUCUCGGUCGUGGCUGCCAUGGGGAGUUACAGUUACAGCCUCCAAACUACAGAGGAUUAGUUAUCAGAGGUCCUCGGGAUCCUCCUUCGCGAUGGGAUCAGCAUGGAGGCCAUCACUGAUGUGGACUCGGCAGUACAUGCACACAGAGCCAUGGGCCUCUAAAAAACUCCAGAUGGGGGGGGGGGGGGGCUUGUUGCCGACAUGCCUCCCUUUCACUGCAGGAGGGGGGGCAGAAAGUUUAGUCCCCGGUAAUCAUAGGGCAGCGGCAGGGGCAAGUGAAACAACACAGUACGAGUGUCAUCGUAGCUCGUUCUUCGCCAGCAGGAGCAGGAGCGGGUGGACAAACGUUCUUCAACAACAUGUAUUGGAGAAGGAGGUAACGAAGUCCAACUCCAGAGUGUCAAUGGACGUGCCAGAUUUCCUGCCCUCUUCUUGGGCACAGACUCGUUCAAGCAACCUUCUAGAACCUCGCCUUGAGCUCACUGCCGGUGCUUCGAUCGGGGCUCAGUUGGCUGCACUCAAGAAUAAUAAUCGUCCUUAUGUGGACCAUGGGAUAGAGGUAUUGUACAGAUUUGCUGGUUUUGAUCCUUUUUCCAGGUCCACUUACUUCGGGCGUCGACUGGAUCUGGGUCAGUUUGAGAGAUUCCGCAGAAUCGUUCACCAUUCUACUUAUCGUGUGCUUCUGAAUCACUUGGAGUCGCGAGUGCUCAGCUCGCUUUUGAUUGAAGAGCAUUGCUUUACUCAGCGGGUCUGGGUUUGUGGAUCGCGGCCCAAUGAGGAGGACACUUUCACAUUCACACUCAACCAAGAGGUUGGCGGGAAAAGAGAUGGGUACUGGGUGACCGUUAGCUUGAUAUCUGACACCAAAGGCCCUCCCUCUACAAUUCCUUACUGAUCAUGGAUUCCCUACUUGCUUCCCUCACCUACUCUUACUGCACCAUGGACUGACUCCUAAAGAAAGGGGGGAAAGCAAAACUAUUUCAAUUGUUGAAUUCAGAAUUCUUCAAUUCUAUUCAUUUCAGCAAACGGCGAAAGAAAGGAAGGAACAGGGAGGAGGAAAGUAAGGCUUGAGAUCAGUCAAGCCAUGACAGAUUUCCCACCACAGUUGGAAGUUGGAUGAUUCACCUGAGAGGUGGGAACAAUUCAGUAGGCGGCAGUGUAUGUGGAAAAUGUGUGAGUGUGUGUGUUGCGGGGGGGGGGGGGGGGGGGGGGGGGGGGGGGGGGGGGGGGGGGGGGGAGGAGGAGGGGAGCGGGAGGAGAGGGGAGAGGGAAGGGGAGAUAGAGUGCGCCUUCGUCUUGUGCUGUGUGUUAUUGCCAAUCGUUAAGAUUCAUUUCUUUUCAGAGGUCUUGUUGUUUGCACUUGUGUCACUGUGUGAUUGAUUGACCUAUUUAAUAUUUAUUCUUGUCGUUCGUCGAUGGUAGUAAUAGCGGCAGCAGCGGGAGGAGGCGAGCCAGAGCCAGAGCCAGUUGUCUGCCGUCUGUACUCUGUACUUAGUCACCAUGGAGUUGCAUGUUGUUGUCGUCAGACUCCAGUUCGUGUAUAGUGCACUCACACCCAGGAAUAUCAAUUUCAAUUUCGACUGAGUAGCAAGAGUAGUUAAUAGGAUGACAGGGCCAUGCAAUGCCGAUCAACUGACUGGACGCUAGGCUAGGUAGGAUACUAGGAUGACGUCAGCCACGUUGAGGGAGGUUGCAUCUCAGUGGGGGUAUUGUAUACACUUCAUGCCAUGGUUCGUGAAGAUUUAUUUAUUUAUUUAUUUAUUUUUAUUUAUUUUUAUUUAUUUUUUUAAUUUCAGGUGCUGUACACUAUGGCAUGCAAAUGAUCCAUUUUGCCUUCUCGCUGAUUGUUUUAUAAUCGGUUUCGAACUUUUGAAAUUGCAAGAGGGAGAAGCCAACUUGCAUGCAUGAUCCAAGAUGUCCUUGGUAAAACAGAUCUUCUCAGAAGAGGACACAGCUGGUGUGCCGUAAGCUGCUCGAAGUGACAAGUAGUACCGAGAAGAGCAGGGCACGGCUUCCGCCCGUCUAUCCGUGUUCUCCAAGGAGCAAGGGGUGGAGUGCCCUGUUGAGGGGGGCAUGGAGCAGAACGCCAGCUACAAGACGGAAAGCCUCUGAAAGGGUGGGUGGUGAAACUGAAUGAAACGAGCGAUGAAAGGCAGACUCAGACUGCAGAGAGAUGGGGAAAGAAGAAGAGGCAUUGCAAAAGAGAUGGAAUCGAACACUGGUCGAAGGAUGAUGGGAGGAGGUGGCGAUGACAUGUAAUGAGCGAAGCAGCAGGCUUGUGAUUCAGAACGCAGUUGCAGAAGGGAAGGCCCCUUUGGAAAAAGGAAUAUUGUUCGUCGUUGGGUGGAAGACGUUGGGGCAAAGGAGGCAACAUGGAGGACGGCAUUUUUUUUUUUUUUUUUUUGGAGGACGGCAAAUUGGACUACAAGCGCUUACGAGGUGGUGAAGCCGCGCGAGAUGGAACAGAAAGCUUGUCAGAGGGUGACCACCGAAGCUAACCGUAGUCCAAGGAUGGGUGACUAAGGAGGAAGGCCCCUUUGGAAAAAAAAAAAGGGAUGAUGGUCCUGCUUAAAAAAAAAAAAAAAAAAAAAAAAAAAAAAAAGGGGGACUAUCUUCCUACGCCAUGAAGAGUCGAAGACACAUUUUGCGGAAGACACAUCUAGGUUGAGGGAAUGCACACUUGUUGUCUUUCUGCUGUAAGGGGAACGCGGUGUCUCUCUAUAAGGAGCCUGGCUGACUGCGUACCUUGAUGAAUCUGGCCCUGUUUCGGGGAAUUCAUUCGUCCUGACACUUGCAUCACUGGUAAGUCAUAGGAGAUGGUGUGGCUGUCUUGUGAAUGGUUGACCUGCAGCGUGCUGCUUUAUUUCUAUGUGAUAUUGGACCCAA